ACUGACUUCUUAGCUACAGACUGCAUAGCAAUCAGAGAGGGGGAGAGGGAGCCAGGGAACGGGAGCAGGGAGAGGCGGCGCAGAGAUUUUGGGGUGAGAGCAGGGAGGUGCGGGGAGAGGAAGGAAGGGCAGAGGGGACGAGGCAGGAGGGGGAGAGCAGAACCAUCGCUGAGAGCUCGUGGGAUGGACGGGAGCGAAGCACGCUGAGCGGAGGAGGAGAGGAGCUGGGCACAGUGAGCUGGGGCUCCUCGGGAAUCCAACAACCCGGAGCUGCAGUGAGCCCAGGAGCUCUGGGGCACGAUGGAGACACCGACUGCUGACCCCAUCCUCUGACUCUGGCUCCCAGGCGGCCCCGGCGCGAUGCGGUAAGAGAUGCCGGGCAGCUCCCAGUGCAGCAACGGGAGGUUUUGCCUGCUAAAAUGCUGCCUUGCUAGUGCUAGCGCUGAGGAACGGCUAUAAAUAUAACUUAGUGAGAUGUGAGUGGCUUCAUGCGAGUGUGUCCGUGAAUAGCAAAGUUGCUGUGUGCAUGGCAGAUGUAAAUAUCGCUAAAGGAGCGUGACGGUGCGGGAGGGCACCUCCUUGUCAGCCUCCCCAACUUUCCUCCCUUGCCCUGCAGGUAACUUGUGUGGUUUUUCAGCUCUGAUCUUUGCUUUGCUCCCUCACCCCGGCUCUCGUUUGCUUUUUCCCUUUCCAUCCCCAUGGAGCAGCCCUGCACUGUGGUGUCCAUCUGUGUGUGCUGCUCUGGGAUGAGUCUCUCAGCACCAGGAAGGUGUUUUCCAAGCACAGAGCUCACCCAGGGUUGAAGUGUCUCCCUCUAAGCUUAGAGAUUUUGGGGGUCCAGACCCAACCCUUCUAGCUCAUAAAGUCCCAGCUCAGCUCUUGCUUGGGGUUGUUCAACAUCUCCAACAUGCACUGUCGGCAGGGGUUACCCGGUGGUGUUGGAUGCAUGGCGGAGGUGAUGGGCAUCACCACCAUCAGCUUGUGGUCACCAGGAGCCCGAGAGGGGAUGGAGAGGUAUGCAGGGAGCGUGGGGACGUACCCAUAUCCACUUGCCAUUGGAAGCAGUGUCUGAGCACGCCAGCACAUGGUCACCUCAGUUUGGGGCUGCUGACAAUGAUAAUGACACGAAGGAUAGCAGGAAUGGACUCAGUGAUCCUUACGGGUUCCUUCCAACUCGGGAUAUUCUGUGACCCCAUGAUAAGAACGUGGGCUUUUAGAAGGGAAACUGGUGGUGAUGAGGAGGAGGGAUGGACAUGGAAGGGAUGGAUGGGAGAGGGUCGAUCUUCUCGUGCUGCAGCCUUCCUCUCCUUCCACCAUUCCUCCUCCUGGGGCACGUUGCCUGGAGGUGUCCCCCUGCCAUUUGGCUGCCCCAGUCCACGCUGCCCACGCAUCCCUGGUGUGGCACCACCAUGGGGCAGUGGGAUGGGGGACGCAAUGACGGCCGUCGGGGCUUCCAUCAGCGCCGAUGUGGAGCAGGGCACUUAAUUGCAAUCCGCCUUCAGCAAAUUCCCACUUUCCUGGGUCACUGCAUUAUGGCAUUGGGUUCGUUCAACCCGACGGCGACCGGGGAUCGAUAGAUGGACGUGCCCGUCUUCGCGGUCAAUCCCCGCUCACAAACACAACAACCCUUCUACGAAUGGCGCUGCUCGGACUCAGCUCUCCUGCAGGCGACUGUGUUGGAUAUAGGACCAAUGUAUGGAUAUGUUUCUCAUGGAGCACUGAAAGCUCCGGGGUGGAGGGGACAACACUGGGAGGUGUGGGAGCAGUGGGGGCUGGGGAGGGGGGCUCAGCCCCUGCUCUGGCUGUGUCAUCACGGGGACCUUCAUGCGUGGCCCUUUUUUAAAUCUGUUUUCUGCCUUUCUCUCCCUUUCUCUCCUCUCCCCCCCCUCCGUCGGUAUGUGGGCUGAUCACUGCUCAAACUUUUAAUUCAGAUGGUAAUUGGAAUAAUAAUACGGGCAGAAUCCUUCUGGCUCUGUUGCUGCAGCUGGCUUCGGGGAGCUAUGAAUAGCUCUGAGUCACACACUGAGAGGCUUCAACUUCAGAUCAUUUUGUUUUGUUUUCAUAUUACCCGUGCCCGGUGCUUCACAGGGGGGAAAUAUCCCCUCAGUCGCUCCACCCUGGAAUGCAAACAGGGCAGAGGGACAUCCGUGUCACCCAAUGGGGGAGCAGGGGUCAGCUCACCAUGACUGCGGGCACACGGGGACUGCUGGCACCCACCCGAUCUAUUUAUAAUUACUGAGGGAAAAGGCAGCAGCGUGUCUAUAUAAAUGGCACAGAGCUCCCUCCCCUCACCUGCCCCAUGCCAUGUGCCUUUUGCUCUCCUGCAUGGCUUCAACGCCCUCGCUAAUGAGAUCUAGGGUUAACGAGGGGCACCGAGCCCACAUGUGAGCCCACAUGCAGGGGCUCAGGGAGGGAUGGGGGAUGCUGCAGGUGUGCAGAUCUGCCUGAGCUUGGGAGUCCCCAUACCCGAGGUAUCCCCAUAACAAGGGGUCUCUUUACUAAGGGCUUCUCAUACAAAGGGGUUCCCAUACCAAAGGGGCCCCCAUACCCAAGGGGGCCCCAUACCCAAAAUAUCCACAUACCUAAGAAGUCCCCAUACCCAAGUGGUCCCCUGCUCAUGGGGUUCCUGUACCAAGAGGUCCCCAUGCCAAGAGGUCCCCGUACCCAAGGGGUCUGCACACCAUGGGAUCUCCGUACCAAAGGGUCCCUAUGCCCAAGGCGAGGGAAUGAAGGCCCCUUGGAGCCGCAGUGACCACAGACAGGAGGGAAGCAUUCGCCAGACAGCUCUGGAUAAAGCCAAGUGUAAAAAUACCAUGGGAUUUUUCCAUCGCCGUCGUUGUUGUUUGCGGUGUACAUCCCCGGAGCGCCAGAUACGGUUGUUAUAAAAAGAGAAGUGGGGGAGUGCUUCGGCAUGGAGUUGUCUGUUCUACUUCACAAGGCCGCUCUGCUGCAGAUUUGAAGCAGAUCCUUAUAUCCAGACUAAAUCUCUCCUCUUUUAGCUUUGCAACCGUUUCCCCUUGUCCUAUCCCAACAGACCCUGCUAAAGAGGCAGUCCCCUUCUUUCUUACUGCCCCCCUUUAGAUACUGAAAGGCCCGUGUCGCAGGCAGGGCUGUGCUGGGAAGCAGCAGGUGGGUUUAUUUCCAUCCACCUCCCGGCUGGUGCCGCUCCCUCGGAGGCCGUGGCCGGCGGCAUGACGAGCGCUGCGCUCUGCCAGCUGGCAGCAGGGGAUGGAGCGGGCGGCAGCAGCGCAGCGCGGCCUCGUCUGCGGCCAACCCGCCCGGGCCGAUGCCCUGCCCAGAGUGCUGCCGCGUUGCUGCCGGAGGAGUGGAGGCAGCGAGCGGAGCCUACAGGUCCCCACCAGCCGGCCACGCGCCCGUCACCCAGGUACAGCAUUGUCUCGACUGAGGAGGAUGGACACAAGGUCUCUGCACUGGGCAGCAUGAACGGGCACAGCCGGAACGGGAAGGGCCACACACCCCGGAGGAAGCACCGCAACCGCUUUGUGAAGAAGAACGGCCAAUGCAACGUCUACUUUGCCAACCUGAGCAACAAGUCUCAGCGCUACAUGGCUGACAUCUUCACCACCUGUGUGGACACGCGCUGGCGAUACAUGCUUAUGAUCUUCUCGGCCGCCUUCCUGGUCUCUUGGCUCUUCUUUGGUUUCCUCUUCUGGUGCAUUGCUUUCUUCCACGGUGACCUCAACGCACCGGUGGUGGGGGGUAGUCCCUCCCUCCUCAAGCCCUGCAUCAUGCACGUGAACAGCUUCCUAGGGGCUUUCCUCUUCUCAGUGGAGACACAGACAACCAUUGGGUACGGCUUCCGCUGCGUGACUGAGGAGUGUCCACUGGCCAUCAUGGCUGUUGUGGUCCAGUCCAUUGUGGGCUGUGUUAUUGACUCCUUCAUGAUUGGAACCAUCAUGGCCAAGAUGGCGAGGCCCAAGAAGCGGGCCCAGACCCUCCUCUUCAGUCACCACGCAGUCAUCUCGGUGCGGGAUGGCAAACUGUGCCUCAUGUGGCGAGUGGGCAACCUGAGGAGGAGCCACAUCGUGGAGGCUCACGUUCGCGCCCAGCUCAUCAAACCCUACAUGACAGAGGAAGGGGAGUACCUCCCCCUGGACCAGCGGGACCUCAAUGUAGGCUAUGAUGUGGGUCUCGAUCGUAUAUUUUUGGUCUCACCCAUUAUUAUUGUUCAUGAGAUUGAUGAGGAGAGCCCGCUCUAUGGGAUUGGCAAGGAGGAGCUGGAGACAGAGAACUUUGAGAUCGUUGUUAUCCUGGAAGGGAUGGUGGAAGCCACGGCCAUGACCACACAGGCACGGAGCUCUUACCUCGCCAGUGAAAUCCUCUGGGGUCACCGCUUUGAACCAGUAGUGUUUGAGGAGAAGAACCACUACAAAGUGGAUUAUUCGCGCUUUCACAAGACCUACGAGGUAGCUGGCACACCCUGCUGCUCAGCUCGGGAGCUGCAAGAGAGCAAGAUGACUAUUCUACCUUCUCCCCCACCUCCCAGUGCCUUCUGCUACGAGAAUGAGCUGGCUCUUGUCAGUCAAGAUGAAGAUGAAGAUGAUGACGAAGUGGGUGUAGCGUUAGGUGGCAGCACCAAGGAAGAGGGAGGCGUCAUCCAGAUGAUGGAUUUUGGAAGCCACCUGGAUCUGGAACGGCUCCAGGCCACUUUGCCCUUGGAUACCAUCUCAUACCGCAGGGAGUCAGCCAUCUGAUCCCUCCAGCCUCCCCGUUUUACAUCCAUGACCCACCUCCUCCUCCUCCUCUGUUCUGCACACAUACGUAGCUGGAUAAGUCCCUUGCCCACCAAAAAACGCCUCCUGUGACCACCUGUCAGUACCUGAGUACACCGAGGCCUGGAUAUACUCCGAUAUAUUCCCUUUCCCAUGCAGUUAUACCCCCUGGAUGAGGAGUGAGAAUACAUCAUUCUUCCAGACAGCGCAGCUUGCUCGAGGACCUGCCCAGGGACAGGAGAGCAGCAUGGUUGGAUUCCCAUCUCUGCGGAGGUGACAGGAGCCUGUGCCCUCAAUGGAGAGACUGUACCUGCUCAAGUGUUUCUGCAGCUAAGACAACAGCACUUUCUGCCUCUCUCAACACGUGCAGGCCCACGGCUAUCAAUAACCACGGCUCUCACAAGGAGGGGAGUGAUGCAUAAGUCCUGACCCAAUGAGAAGGGACAGGGGAGUUUAGGACUCCUAGAGGGAGUGGGAGAGUCUCUGGAGAUAGGGGUUUGCUUGCAUGUUUAUUGCUUGUUGCACUUGACUUUCUUUGUAUAUAAAACAGAUCGAGAACUGAAAUCCAUAUUCUUCCACUGUAAAUGCCAAGCUGGGAGAGAAGGACACUGCACGUAGCCCGCUCUGCACUCUCCCUGUGGCAUCCGUCACCUCCAGCAGCAGCUCAGCCCCACAGACUCAGCCCUGGUUCCCCCACUCCUCCCCAGACCACGUUCUGCUUCUUUCCUGGACCGCCCGGCAGGCGGCAGGGCCCUGUGCUCACACACCUGAUGGGACAGCAGGCCCCUCACUUGCUCCUUCCACCUCCUCCAGUCUUCUCCCUGCUGCCAUCAGCUGUAAAACGGAAUUUGUAUCUAUUUAUUUUUAAUAAAGUCUAAUAUCCCAGGGGGAGGUUUGGAAACAAAGGAGA